AUGCUCCUCCUCGUCGUCCUGCUGCUCCUCGUCCUGCCCCUCUACGGCAUCUACUGCGUCUACAAGCCGCCGCGCUUCCUCAUCGGCUACCUGCGCGGCAAGUUCCCCGACGUGCUCUUCGAGGUGCCCGUCGCCGAGCGCAUCAUUGCCCUGUCCAUUGACGACGCCCCCUCGGCGUACACCGACGACAUCAUGCAGGUCCUCGCCGAGAACGACGCCCACGCCACCUUUUUUGUCAUCGGCCAGCAGGUGGACGGCAGGGAGCACACGCUGCGCAAGCUCGUCGCCCAGGGCCACGAGCUCGGCAACCACGGCAUGCGCGACGAGCCCGCCAGCCGGCUUAGCAACGACGAGCUCGAGCGCCAGGUCAACGAGGUCAAGGCCAUGCUCGUGGCCGCCUACGAGGCCGAGGGCAAGAUCCUGCCCAACAACUACUUCCGGCCGGGGUCCGGCUGGUUCAACCACCGCAUGCGCGACCUGCUGGGCAACCGCGGCUUUCGCAUCGUCCUGGGGAGCAUAUACCCGCACGACCCCCAGAUCCCGCGCCCGACGGUCAACGCGAAGCAUAUCCUCAGCAUGGCGCAUCCCGGAGCCAUCAUCAUCUGCCAUGACCGGAGGAGCUGGACGGCCCCGAUGCUGCGGAUAGUGUUGCCGGAGCUGAGGCGUCAGGGAUACAGAAUCGUCACCAUUACGGACCUUGUCAAGUCGGCUGAGCCGCUGGGGGGUAGAUGA